CACUUGGAGCUGACUUUAUUUCAGAGCAAGCUAACUUCGCUGGACAGAGUAAUAAUGAAUGCAAUGAUCGGGUAUUUGUUUACAUGUCGUACUUCGUCUUAAACAGAUAAACAAUGAGUAGAUUUAAUAUCUUCAUUGUUGGAUUUUUGCUCACUUCCUCCUCUCUGAUGGGAAGGUGUGUGUUGCAGGCCAUUUUAUCCCACGGUGGUGAGACCUCGCCUGACAAUUUAAUAAGGUUUGACCGGGUCCCUGACAAAGUGGCAGAUGGCUCAGUGGUCCGUGUGCGGUUCCAGUGCUCCAGGCCAUGUCAGCUCGCAGUGGAGGUGCUGGUGUCAACAUUAAGGAAGACAGAUUUGGUGGUUUUCAGGAGAAAAUGGAUCAACAGCUCACCUCGAGUGUCCAGGACCCAGCAUGUGGUGCUCAGACUGCCUCGGUCCAUUUCACACCAUCAUGACUUUUUCAGCUGGAACAUAUCGGACACUCAGAAUGUGACAGUUCGUGCUUGGCUGGAUUAUUUAAAAAGAGGCAGCGAAAUGACCACCUACCAAGAUUCCAUGUUGAGGAUUUAUAAGACGCUGCAGGUAACGCGGCUUUCCAAUUGGCCGGGUGAGCUUCAAACUGGGUGUCGGUCGUGGCCCACUCAACUGAUGUGGUCGUUGAGAAGGAACAAAAUCCAUCAGUGCCCGCACGAGCCAGAUGUAAUAGAUAUGCUGAAAUUCCCUUUGGCAAGUACUGGGGAGCACUUUGGGGUGGUCCGCAGGUUCCAGCCUUUCAUCAACAGAGGCCUGGAGAGAGCACGUCUUCAUGCUGUGAUGCAGCCCAGAGUCGCCUUAUCUGUGUGGAUCUACCUGCUGAAAGUGUGUCACGAGGAGCUCUGUGGGAUCAUCCAUCAUGUUGAUGGGAAGAAUUUGUAUGACUCUGUUCUGAUACAGCUCACAGACACAGGACACAUUAUAAUCCAGGCACGUCUGACAACUGGAGGAGAUGGAGCGUUCCACGCCAGUGUGGCCUUGCCCCUGUGGAAGUGGAUUAGAUUGGACUGUUUCAUACUGGACUCAAAGGUGCGGCUGAAUGCAACGUGGGAUGAUGAAACCCACACAUUUGAAUAUGAAUUUCCAGACAGUAUCCAUUAUGAUGACACUGAUGGAUACUUUAUGAUCGGAGGAAGUAAAUACGUGCCAGGCAUCCACGGGUAUUUUGGACCUAUCAAAUACUACCGUUUUGGAACCAAAGAGAUAAAAAAUCAGCUGCAGCCAAAGUCAAUAUUACAGGAGCUGGAGAAGGCUCACAUGGAGUGUCGGGAAAUAAGAGCAUUUACAAAAACUUUUCUGCAAGAAGUAACUCAGACCCUCCAUCCGUCACAAAUAAACAAAGAUGUGUGUACACCUGACUUCCUAAGUCAGUGGGGUCAGUUUAAACACAGCGAGAACACCUGCACACAAGCAUGGACCUGGGAGACGCAGAUUAAACACAGCGCGCUCUUGGAUUUCUUGCAAAGAACAGAAGAUGAAAUCCGGACAGGAUCUUUAGAUAUGAAGCGCCUCAGACUUGCUCUGUUUGACCUGGCAGUCAGAGGCGUGUUCCCUGCGGAUGAAGCCCAAAUGAAAAUCUCAUCUAAAUCAGUGGCUUUAUUACAAGUAUCCUCCUGCCUUGGAAAUCACAGGGCAUCUCUCUUGUUGGCCGCCGCCCACCUGUCAGGCCUGGGACACUCAGUCAAUCAAGUGCAGGGUCAUGUCUACAGUUUGAUUGGUGCCUCAGGAGAUGACCGCUUUGCCCUGAUGCACGCGGGAUACAAACACUCACACGGAGCCGAUGGCUUUCCUAAAGACUUGGACAUGGCUUAUAGCUACUAUUCUAAUGUCGGGGAGCGGAGCAGCAUUGAUAGUGACCAAAGGCACCAAAAUAAGCAAUGCAUGCCUCAAUACAUCUACAUAAGCAACGGUGAAAAUCUAGACAGCCUGAUCGACGAGUCGAGUGAUGUUUUCCAGUUUUGGAAAUUUCAGGCAGAGAGAGGAGACGCAGAGUCCCAGAAGCGCCUGGGAACAGUACUUUACUGGGGACAAAAUGGAGUUUCAAAAGACAUACAGAGUGCGGUGAAGUGGUUUGAGAAAAGUGCCAUGCAAAUGAAGGAUCCCUCUGCGAUGUACGACUACUCCAUCCUGCUAAUGAAGGGCCAGGGGGUGAAGAGAAACUACACUCGAGGUUUCCAGCUGCUGAAAAAAGCAGCUGAAAUGGGCUCAAUUAGUGCCUUGAAUGGUUUAGGAUGGUACCACGGGAUUGUACUGGAGGACCACAAAAAUGCAGUGAGGUACUUUGAGCAAGCUGCCUUAAACGGGAGCGAUGAUGGGAUGUUCAACCUGGGAGUUUAUCAUCUCAAUGGGAAAAACCCAGACAAGCCGUGGAGAAACGAGAGCGCUGCGUUCCAGCAGUUUCUGAACGCAUCUCGGCUUGGCCAUGUGGCUGCGUCAGUGGAGGCAGCGUGGUACCUUUCGACGGGAAGCCUGGGAGGCCUGUCUCAGGAUGUGGAGAGGGCUGUGAUAAUGCUAAAAAGGGUGUGUGAACAGAACGGACACCUUGGAUUUAUGAUCAGAGAGGCUCUGCAGGCCUACCUCCAGGGCUCUUGGCAAGAAUCAUUUGUCAAGUACGUCUUGGCAGCCGAAAGCGGUCUCGCUUUGGCCCAGAGUAACGCAGCGCACUUGUGUGAGGAACUAAAUCUCGGUUACGAUUGUCAGUGGAGAUACCACAACUACUCGAUAUUAAACUCUGAUCCUCAUCCAUCCGCCCUGCUGAAAAUGGGAGACUACUACUACAACCGGUCUUCCUGGAGCACACGGGAGGACUCAUUAUCCUUGGCUGAGCAGGCCGUAUCAAUGUAUAGCAGAGCGGCUCUAGCGGGCAGCCCUCAGGGAAUGUACAACUUGGCUGUUUUGGUACAACAAGGGCACGUUCUUCCACCCAGCAUCCUCCACUCAUUCGGUUUGUCGAGCCAUGAUGAGCCGGACUCUGUGACGGAGAAGAUGUUAAAAAGAUGUGCAGAGACUGUAGAUGAUGAGGCGGUUACUCCCUGUUCUUUAGCUCUGCUUGGACUCCAGAUGGGAAAAGCCUUGAGGAAAAUGACUCAGAACCGUGCCCAGCUCCUCUUGGCAUAUGCCUCCCUUCUCUCCAUCCUUGUCAUCGCUGUUGUUGUGCCAUUGCAGGGCUGCCUUGGAGGCAUACGGAGGGCACCUGAACUGAUUAGAAGGACGUCUGCUGGCGGCCUCCAUGGUGACGAGUUAAACAGAGAGGAAGGUGGCAUGGUGGGGAGAACCUACGGCACAGCGGUGAAUCUCUGGCUUAGCAUGAAUGGCGAGCAGCGGCUGCAGCAGACCAGCGAUGUGGCCGUGACUCUAUCUGGUGUUUGUUUGUGCGCUCUCGGGAUUCUACUCCUCUGUCAUCUCCUGUGACAUGCAGAAGCCAGCACAGUGAUCAAAUAGCCACAGCAAAAGCCCCAGAAACGACGAAUUGUUUGAGAAGACAGUUAGAGGAUCAGCUCCAAAACUGUUGAGGUGACACAUUCGUCACAUCUGAGGCAUCUGAAUCAUUUUGAUACAGCAGGAAGAUAAGUUCUGGUCAGGAUGUGAAGGACCUGCUUAUCCAGGUGUUGAUGAUGUUUCCUCAAAAACCAUAUUUCUGGUAAUUGCUUUAUUGAGAAUAAAACAUGUGUCACAGUUAAUGAAUGUCGCUUAGUUAAAGCAAAACCUUACACAAUUUAUGUUCCUGAGGGGAUCAAAAUAAGAGAAUAGGGUUAAUCUUUUCUCAUGUGAUAUUUGCGGUCUUGUAAAAAAAAAAAGAAAAGACAUUGUAAUGUUUUACAUAUCGAGACAUAAUUAUAGACACAUCAUCUGGCCAUUACUAAGUCCUUAAAUUACAUAUGUAAGAGCUCAUAUGAACAACAACACAAGACAAAUUACACUUUGCCUUUUAAAAAAAAUGAUAUACAGUCAAAACAAAGAAAAUGCACAACAGGAUGUUGAGGUUUGUGGGCUUUUAUUUCUACAGAGCUCUCUUGAAGUGUUUCUAUCAGGUUAAGGGCUGGACUUUGACUGGACCAUUGCAACAUGUUAAUUCUGUUUUCUUUUUUUUUCAGUCAUUUCCUUUUAAGAUUUGCACGUGUGUUUGUGAUCAUUGUCUCGCUGAGUGAGCCAGUUUCAGACAGAGUUUAGCUGUUGGACAGCUGGCCUCACAUUUGACCCAACGCUGCUCUGAUUUACAGCGGAGAUCAUGGUCGGCAAACACAAGGAAAAGUUCCCCAGUCCUGUGGUAUAAAAAACAACAUUAAAUCUGCCACCGUUCUCGACAGUAUCAGGUGUUUGUGUUGACAUAUUUUAAAGGUUUUAUGUUCAACAAUGCUGCUUUGCAUUAUGGAAUAGAAUAGAAUAGAAUAGAAUAGAAUAGAAUAGAAUAGAAUAGAAUAGAAUAAACUUUAUUGAUCCCCCAGAGGGGAAAUUCACUUGUGCAGCAGCAAACAUACACACACUCGACAAUUUUUAUAAAAAAUACAACAAAGUAUGACAACAACUCUUGAUUUUAGUCUUGUCUGUCCAAAGGAGGUCGUUUCAGAAGCCUCGUGGUCGGUUCAGAUUCAAACUCCAAACCUAAAACAUGCUUCCCUGAUCUUUUUGGAUACAGUGUCACUCCUCUUAGUCUCUACACAUUUGUUUCUAGGUUCUGUUUAAGCUUUUAUUGAAUAAACAAUGGCACGGUUUAAUAUCUUAUGAUUUUUUUUCAUGAUUUUGUAUUUAUGUCAUUUUCAGGUCCAGUGAGAACCAGAAGAUUUGUUUUCUUAUAUAGUCCUUACAGUAUAUGUAAAAUCUUUGAAAUAGAGUGCAUCUUUUUUUUCCAACAGAAAUAGUAAUUGUUUUGUAUUAAUUGUUCAUUAAAAGCGAACAAAAGACAGUGAUGGUUGUGUUGAGAGAUGUCCCAGUUUUAUUCUAAUAAGUCAACCAUUAAGGGCUGUCUCUCGUUCUAUCAGCUGCAAGUUGGUGAUAAAUGUCGCGCAGGAGACAGGAUGAGAAAAAAAAAAGCAUGUGGGGCACUUAAACUUUAUUUGUGGCUUGAAGCCAGAGCAAAGGAAUUUCAAAUGUUAUUGAUGUAGUCUUUUGCUAUAGGUGCCCUUUGUCAAUAUAAGAUAAGGACGUAUCAACUUUAGACAUCACUAACAAGAGAUUAACUGGCAAGGAAGCUACUCCACCGCUGAAACUUCAAAUACAUGUUGUAUCUGUCAGAAAAUAAUGGUUCUCUAUUGUGCUCUAUUGUCACUGUGGAUGAAGAUAAUAAUGGCAAAUAUUCUUUGACUGAUUCCUGUUUCUUUGCUUGCAUUCAAAUAUGAUGAUAAGUAUGCAAUGCCCCUUUGUUGCUAACAGUUAUUUACAGCUGUGACUGACUGAGAUGUCCUCAUGUGCAGUUUAUAGCUGGUUCGUGGAGCUGUGAUUAGUUAAAUUAGGAGUUUCGCAGUGUAAACAUAUCCAUGUGGAGCUGCUUCACUUUAC